AUGGCAGAGAAAAUAACAGACGACUUGAAACAUACCCAAUCUAUCAAAGAGGGAACCAUAAACGAUGCCUCUGUAGCUGAAGCUUUGACAUUGUGUCGUGAUGCAGAUGAGAUCGAGACAAGUCCUGAGCUCGAUAAGGCUCUACGAUGGAAGUUGGACCUGAGACUUAUGCCUCUACUCUGCUUCACCUAUGCACUGCAGUCAAUUGACAAGAAUACUAUCAGCUAUGCUGCCGUGUUCGGGCUAAGAGAAGAUCUCAAUCUGAAGGGAGAUGAGUUCUCCUGGACCGGUGGGAUAUUUUACCUUGGCUAUCUCAUUUGGGAGUUUCCGACCAGCAUGUUCCUUCAACGAUUUCCGAUUAACUACUUCAUGUCAGGAACUUACUCUACUGACGCCUUCUAUGUCAUCGCCUGGGGCGCUGUUCUCAUGGCUCACGGAGCCGUCAACAACUUCACAACCCUCAUCGUCGUACGUGUCCUUCUCGGCGCCCUCGAAGCAGCCAUAAACCCUGGCACAAUGCUCCUCUUCAGUAUGUACUACAUGCGAAAAGAGCAGCCUCUCCGUAUGGGUAUAUGGAUUGGCUCAGCAGGUAUGGGCUACAUCAUCGCUGGUAUAGCAAGCUUCGGUAUAGGCCACGUCAAGUCUGCUCUGCCAUCCUGGCGAUUACUUUUCCUUAUCUGGGGAGCUGUUACAGUUGCUUGGGGCGUUAUUCUCCUGUUCUUGCUCCCGGGUGCGCCUAUGAGAGCGAAGUUUCUGACGGCUGAUGAGAAGGCGAGAGUUGUGGCGAGGGUGAGGGGGAAUGGUACGGGUAUUGAGAAUAAGCAUUUCAAGAUGGUACAGUUUUGGGAGGCGAUGUUUGAUAUGAAGACUUGGCUGUUGUUCUUGUUUGCUCUGACGAGCAACUCGCCCAAUGGAGGCUUAUCCGCGUUUCAAGGUCUCAUCAUUAAAGGUGCUGGCUUCAGUACCCUCGAUACCACGCUGUAUCAGAUGCCAUCAGGUGCAGUCCAACUGGUCGCAUGCGUGUUAGCCUGUUGGGGGGCUUCAGCGAUCAGAAAUUCUAGAAUCCCAAUCAUGCUUCUGGGACUAGUCCCCUUCCUCGCCGGCGUUCUUGGCCUUCACUUCCUCCCUCACAGCGACGCAUAUGCUCGAUUAGCAUGUCUAUGGAUAUCUUUCUCCUACACAGCAACUUGGACACUGAGUAUGUCCGUUUCAAUGGCGAAUACAGCAGGGCACACGAAGAAGAUUACAACAAAUGCCAUAUUGUUGAUCGGAUAUUGCCUGGGGAACUUUGUCGGACCAUUCUUCUUCAAGCCUAACCAGGCGCCUCAGUACGAGCUUGGAGUGGGCAUGAUGUUUACUUGUAUUGCCAUUCAGGUGACGAGUCUUUUUGCGCUUUGGGUACUCUUGUGGAUGAGGAAUAGGUCAAGACGGGACCUUCAUACUCCUGAGAAUCAGCAGAGAGCUUGGGAGGCGGGACUUCUUGACGAAACUGAUUUCAAGAAUAAGUACUUCCAGUACGUUUAUUAG